CAAGCCCAAGUGUUUUUUGUUGGAAUCUGACAAAAACCAAAAGCAAUCUAUAAGAUGACGAGAUCUUGGUCGUUUUGCCUUUGGGCUUUGGCGGUGAUUGCGGCCAUGGAAGCAGCUGCUGAUGCUUCUAGGGUUUUCAAGGUAGGAGACGACUUUGGCUGGAGAGUUCCUUUUGACAACGACCCCUCUCUUUACAGCCACUGGGCCACCUCCAAAAGGUUCCAUAUUGGAGAUUCUCUCUCAUUUGUGUACCGGAACGACUCGGUGGUAGAGGUGGACAAAUGGGGAUUCUACCACUGCAACGGGAGCGAUCCCAUAGUGGCGUUCGACAACGGGAACAGCACGGUGAAGCUGAACCGGCCUGGCCCGUUCUACUUCAUCAGCGGCGUGACCGACCGUUGUCGGAGCGGACAGCGUCUUAUUGUCGAAGUCAUGCACUUCCAUCGCCACCACCACCAUCACGCCUCUCCUCCUUCCUCCAUGACCGCGUCUUCCUUUCCUUCCAUGGCUCCAUCAUCGCCACUCUCCUCCCCUCACUCCUCCUCCCCGCACUCCCACACUCUUUCCGCUUCCGUCCUGCUCGGCCUCCCCUCUUUUGCGGCCGUCGUUAUGUUCGUUGUUUGAUCCAUUUGCUUAUCUAUUUAUGUAUUUUUUUUGUUUAUCUUCUAGUGUUUUUGUUGACAUUUCAUUGCGAUA